AUAACUGUAACACCCACCAAAAAGAAACCCUUCUUCUUCCCAAAACCCCUCUUUCAAAAAAUUUGCGAUUCCGUUAAUUAAACCUAAUUUAUCUUCUAAAAUUUUUCUUGGAAUUUGUGAGUGAAAAAUAAAUGGAGAUAGAACAGCAGCAAUCUGUAGUAAUAGAGCAAUUCGUUAACCUAGCCAGCUCCCCCUCCUCUUCUCUGGCUUCUCUCAUAACCGAAGCCACUUCUCAUCCCUCUCUUUUUUCUUUCUCUGAAAUUCUCUCCGUUCCUAAUAUCCUUCAGCUUGAAGGGACGGAGAAUUCUGCGUAUUAUCAUUUGCUUAGACUUUUUGCUUAUGGAACAUGGCGUGAUUAUACAAGUAAUGCAUGUAAUCUCCCGAAGCUGGUACCUGAACAAGUUCAGAAGCUCAAGCAGCUCACUGUGCUCACUCUUGCUCAGUCUAACAAGGUUCUCUCCUAUGAUGUGCUUCUAGAGGAGAUUGAGGUUUCCAAUGUGCGUGAACUCGAAGACUUCCUGAUCAAUGAGUGUAUGUAUGCGGGCAUAGUUAAAGGAAAGUUGAAUCAAUCACAGAGAUGUUUUGAGGUGCAAUUUGCAGCAGGGAGGGAUCUGAUAGAGGGGCAACUUGGAAGUAUGAUAGAGAGUCUGAAAAAAUGGCAAGUCACUUCGGAAAAUAUGCUUUUGUCGAUUCAAGAGAAGAUUGAAUGGGCUACUGCUAUGUCUUUGGAAGACAAGAAGCAUCAGGCGGAAGUCCAAGAUAGUAUCAAUAAAGUGAAAUAUUCUCUCAAUUCUGAGAAGUCAUUCCAUAAGCAGGGCCAGCAUGUUUGGGCAAAUGAUGAUUUAUUUGAUUAUGGAGGUGUGAUCAAUCAAGAGAAUUACAUCCGAUCUAAAAGGAGACGCUCGCCGAACUUAUCUAGGCAAAACAGGGCAGAAAAUUUAUGAUUGUGAUGGCGUCUUACAGUCUUACUGGGUUUUAUGUUCAUGGUAUAAUAGAAUUAGAAUGCAUCGAACUCAGUCAUAGAUUGCCAAUUAUAUCUAUUCUAUUUAAUUGAAUACUGAUGUCUUAGUUCAAUUUGCUAAUGUGUGUGCAAAUUUAUGGAAAUUUAGAUUAACAAUUGUAGAUUGUGGUUCAAUUUGUGGUAAUGCAGCCUAAUUCUCCGGUCAUGAACAAGAAUAUGUACACAUGUUCACAAAGUCACAGCUUACAUGCCA